GGAUCGGGGUCAACGGGGACGUUGUCGUUUUACAACUAGCGAAUACCAAAUGAAAUUGAAUGAAUCGGCACACGAACUGCAUAGGAAAAACCAAAGGAUAAUACAAUGUGACAAAUUUCAAAUUCGAAAAUCGUAUUUUUUGCUUGGAGUGUGUUGAUUGCUGUCAAAAUCGGGUCGAUUGUUAUUCUCCAGACUUUGAUCGCAAAACUAAAAAAAAACAAAACACGUGUUUAAGUAACGAAUCCCGAUUGAGGAGUGUCUCGGGAGAUGCAUCUUCAUUUACCUCAUCCUUGGUAAACCUGUUCAAGUUGUUUCGUGAAUUAAAGCUGCUCACCGCGAAUGCCGUAUCCCUCAUAAAUAGCCGUUUCUCUUCUUCGUCAUUAAUCCUGCAGUAGUCACGCUGUUCGUAUAAUAAUGCUUGUAGCCUAGCCAAAGAGGACGUGGUUGUUGGCAUCCGCAUGCCAAGUGCGGAUGGCAGAGCCCACGCUCAUGGGACGGAAGCUUCCAACCGUGCAUGUGCACCGGAUCCGAGCUACAUUUUUUUAUUCAUUUUCGUUUGAAGUUACCUCAAUUUGUAUCUUUUGACACGUCCCAAACGUUCUUUCUCAUCCAACGCUGUGUAACGAGCGAUUGAAAAAUUCAAACUAAUCUACCUGAAAUUCAGUUAAAUGUAAGUUGCUAAUAACCGAGCAAAAAUUAUUAUGGGCUUCUUAUCGAACUAACUUGACGUUGAUCAUUUCUACCGCCUAAUCGUUGCAUCGGUAACGCUUUCUUUACGUCAAACAGUCAGCUCCGGUUCCAUUUUUCUUGUUAGGGCAUUUUCAGGUUAAUCUCUAACUUGGCACGCGAAUCGUGCAUUCAUUUGACGUCAAGAUCAAUAUGAAAAAUAGGUCGUCUCUUUUUUCUUCCCCCAGACUGAUAUGCCGCUGCAUUUUCAUACAACAAAUACUGAUUCUAGAUAAAUAGUGGGCCAUUUUUUUUGUUUUUGCUUUUGCACCUGCAACACAUUCGUUAGAAUUGGACACAAGGGCGAAAACUUGUUAUCUGCCCCAUCCAAUUGUUUGUGAUGAUACAAUUAUCAACCGUGCAUUAUUUCUCAUUCAUCGUUUGAUUCAAUCAGGCCAAUGUGUAUGUUUAAUGUACGAUAUGUGUAUGGAACGGGGCUUCGAACACACAGAGAGGAAAACCCUUAUGGAAACGUAUCUUAUAGACCCCCUGCAGUUCCGUCCCAGGUCCCGGGGAUCAAUAAAUGAUGCUCUAGAUUCCCCUUCUCCUUUCCUACCCACGUCCCCCCCCCCCUUCCUAUAAACUAGAUACUUUCAGUACAUUCAGUGUCAAGCCAAGCGAGGAAAGUGUUCUACUACACCAACAGAAAGAGAGGGGAGGAGGAAAUGAAAACAUUUUUCUUUUUUUCCUUACAAAAACAAACAAACGCGUUCAUCCCAUUUUUGCUUGCGAAUUUCGUUUUUUAUCCAUGCUCGAAACAUUUUAAUCGCCUUUCGAAUUAGCCGAUUUCGCUUGUCAAUAUUGACCCUCUCUCUCUCUCUCUCCAGUGAUUGGCACAGCGCGUUCGUCGUGUGUGCGGCUGUAUUUGACGUAAACAGUGUCGACUAGCACCGAGUCGAUUAACUGUUGGGACUUGUGCGCAGAACUCCGGUCCAACAUGGCCGCGGCUCCUGGCUCGCAUUGAAGGGCGACGCGUGUAUCGUUCGCGUUUGGCUCACGCGCUUGUGUCUAGACUCUUGUUUCUUUUCCUUUUUCCGCUCUCGCCCACUGCGAACGCUAUCCCAUAGUCAAAGGCAGUAGGGAACAAGGAUCGGCCAGUACGACAAAGGCCACCGGUGAAUAACAUCGGGCCCCAAAAUUUUGUUUUCCUAUGUCUUUCUUUGACUGCCAACUCGCAAAGUUUUUCAAGAUCGUUGGAAAAGAAAAAAACAAACAAACAAACAAAAGGAUUGACGGUGUGAUCGUGUGCUGGUGGUGAAUAAAAAGACAUAAUUUUUUUUUUUUUUGCGCAGUUCGUCGGUGGAAUAUUAGUAAAUUAACAAGGGGAUCAGCCGCGGACAAGUGCUCGAGUACAACACACACAAGUUUCAAGAAGAACGCGCGUUAUUUUAAAAAAAAAAAAUCAAAACAACAACAACAUACCAAAUCAAAUGAAGGAAAUUUAAACCAAAAAGAAAGUGGAAGAUUUCUGUGUAACAAGUGACCCUCGUCAAGUGUGAGACCGCGCCCUCCUCCUCCCCAAUCAGGGUCCCCCCGCACAAUCCCCCUUAAAAGAAAGGCAAUUUGUUUUUUUUGUUUUUUUUGAAUUCCCCCCCAAAAAAAUUUCAAAACAAAAAAGAAACGAGAGAAGGAAACGCAAUGAAAGCGGUGCAAUCAGCAAUGGCGAUUCGACGCCAGCGUCGAAGGCGUGACGAAGCGCUGAGGGCAAAGACGCGUCGCGCUAGUCACCAAUCGGACCAUUUGAUGUUGUCGGAUAGCGGCGACGCUGGCAGUUUGAUGAGCUUAGACGGUGCGCACCACCGUUCGACGUCGCAUCGCCAUCGGCAAAUGAUGGGCGGCAUCACGACCUUUCACGUAGGCGUCGUUUUCUUUAUCAUGGGCCUGAUGUUGCUCAUUAGCGGCCUCGUUCCAGGCUACGCCAACCGUCAGCACCAGUACUGGGAGGAAGGAGGAGGCACGACGUCCGUGUCCAACAGCCAGACCAACAAUCGCAACGGUCCUCUGCUCUUGGUCACCGGCUCCUUCUUGAUCUUGGUCGGCGUAGCUUUGGUCGUCGCUAAUCGCAUCGCCACGCGCAGGGAGGACGAACUGUUUUCGCGCUACAUCAGCCGCAAAUUAGCGCCGGCCAGGAUGACUCAUCAGCCCGUGUCUUCGCUCCUUCCGGCUGCUUCGGCCCACCAGCAACAGCAGCACACCAGUCACAAGUCGAACGGUAAAAAGGAACAGACGGAAGAGGACCGGGUGUUGAGCGAGGAGGAGCACGCCGUUCAAUCGCCCGGUCAGCUCGAAUCCAUAACUGAAGAGGCUGAAAUCGGAUCGGAAAGAGCGUCCAAAGAUCAGCUGUUUUGGACGAGCGAUGUGGCACCUGUUCACCAUCACCAUCAUCAUCAUCAUCACCACACGAAGUCGGUGCAUCAAGACAAAUGCGACCAGCAUUCGCAUCCGCACGACAAUCACCACGGUUCAUCAACCGGUUGAUGGAUUCCGCUACAACUUUCGAUCGAAACUUCUUUCAAUACCUAUACACUAAACUAUUUCUUAUGAAAAAAAACAAAAAAAAAACAACAAUCUUUUACGUAUAUCAUUCCGGAACGGACUUUUUCUAUAUCUACUUGCUGCUUUUUCUAAUUAUUAAUUGCGAAAAAAAACAAAAAACAAAACAAACAAACAAACCUUAUUUUGGGGGCAACAAUUGGGCCAGCAAAUCACGCCAUUUUUUCGUGUAUAAAAAAAAACAAACAGCACAUUUCUAAUCGAUCUCUAUAUUAAUGGGUGACGUUUGUGUUAUCGUUUAGAAUUUUUCCUUUUUAACUCUGCUUACCUGUUUGCCUUUGUCAAUGAUUUUGGUUGAUCGUAGGCGCAUUUUGGUUCGUUAGAAAAACCAAAAAAAAAAUCCCGCAUCCCAAUCAUUUUGUAUUUCACGUCUAGUUCAUGCGGCUUAGUUGUUUUCGUUUUUAUUUUUUUUAUUUAUUUAUUAUUUUUUUUAAUAUGAAUGCAUCAAAUUAGAAACAGACAGUUCAAACUGUUUAUCGCAGCGCAAUCUCGCCUUCCGACACAUUCACACCAGGCCAACUAUUCAAACUGUUGUUCUCAAAAUCCCAUUCUUUUUUUCUAAAACGUCAGAGCUCAAAGAAAACUUCAUUUUGAUUUCUAAUUACUCUCCGAAGCACACACACACACACACUCACACACACACACACAAACAAGGAAAAAAGAAAAAAAAGAUCAAACCGCAACAGUUUUUGAAUUGCCAAUUUUUUAUUUUUUUUUUCUAUUCUUCCUCCUUUCUUCUAUGCUGUAGAUUCGUAACAUUCAAUACAAUUCAAACUCAUCCCACUGA